UGACAUUGAACCUGAGUGGUUGGAUAGUGUACAGAAAAAUGGAGAAUUAUUCUACUUAGAACUAAGUGACGAUGAGGAGGAAACCAUUCUUCACAACAGUCCUCUUGCUAGAUCUAUGAUGAACCAUGUCAGAUUUAGUGAAAAUGAAGCUGAGGUUAUUCAUGAGAAAGCUCUAAAAGACAGAAAGAGUGAACAUAGAUUGCAACAGUUUACUAAAUUAUUAAAGAAUAAAAGUCUCCUACUGAAGCAGUCUGAAAAGAAGAAAGCAAGUCGUAAAGAUUGUGUCCAUAGUUAUGGCCCAGCAUCCAUAUUGAAACACCAUUCUUGUCAUAAGAUGGGAGAUGUUGACCAACAGCUGUACAAAGAAGUCUACAUUUAUGUAAAUCCAAAGAGAGUCUCAAAUGCUGCAACAGGGGACCAACUAGAGCUUCUAGAAUCCUUAAUAGGAAUUGUCCACCAAUCACCAUGGACCACAGCUGAAAAAUAUAGUCGUGGUACUGAGUCUAGAAGCGCUAAUGAAGAGAAAAUCAUAGUACAUGGUUUGAUCCCAGGAAGCUCAGCAAUAAAGUCUGGACAGAUCUUAAUUGGCGAUGUCCUUGUUGCUGUAAAUGAUGUUGAUGUAAACUCUGAAAAUAUAGAAAGGAUUUUGUCUUGUAUUUCUGGUCCUAUGCAGGUGAAAUUUACAUUUGAAAUACCAGUAUUUGAACCAACAGGAGCAUCUCAGCCAAAGAGUAAACAGACAGAAUCCUCCGAAAGCAACAUGGUGAAGCUGCUGUGGAGAGACCAUAAUAAUGAUCCACAGUUCUCUCUCCAAAGUAUGCCACAUAUUAUUAUGUACCUCUCACUUAACUUGGAAUCUGAUUCAUCUGAUGAGCAAGAAAUUCUUUAUCAAUAUCCCAUAUCAGAAGUAUCCCAAAAAAUAAAAAGUGUAAGAGGAAUAUUUCUCACACUGUGUGACAUACUGGAAAACAUGACUGGAACACAUAUAAUCAGUUCAUCUAUGUUUUUAUGUGGGAAAUUGAUCCAUGUAGCUUACUGGAAGAAGGUUGACAAGUUGCUCAUAAUUGGCCUUCCGGCUGAAAGUGUACCUCUCUCUCAGCUAAGGAACAUGAUUGCAGAUGUUGUCAGAAUGUUGACAUUCAUGUAUAGUUCCCUGGAUAGUGCUUUUUGUCAGGCAGGAAACAUUUCUCGAUUGGAUCACUUCUUCAGCCUGUUCUUCCAGCAAGCACUUCAGCAUACCAGACUCAACUCAGAUGCCAACCACUAUGAUAAUAACAGCUCAUUACUUUUCCACAACUUUCCAGGGGUACGAUGGCUGUUGCUGCCCCAAGAUAUUAAAGUAGAAAUUGAUGCAGCUCUGAGUGAGUUGGAGGCAGCAGAAUUUGCAGAACUGUCUGAAGAUUACUAUGAUGUGAGACGAAUGUAUACAUUUUUAGGCUCUUGUCUCUUCUACAAG